AUGGAAAAUAGGUUAAGAAUUAAAACGCCAGAUGGAAAAGCUUACGAAGUUGAUAGAUGGUGCCCACAUGCUAAUACAGAUUUAUCUUCAAGGGGAGUCGUUUUAGGUUCGAAACUUGUGUGCACAAAGCACAACUGGACCUUUGCUUUAGAUCAAGGAGGAAAAUGUACUUCCGCUGAUGCAACGAUUAAUGCUUGUUUAAUUAACGAUUGGUGA